CCCCGACCGUCCGCGUGCCGCUCACAGCGAGCUCAGUCUGAGAGAGAGGAGGCUCGCGACCAGCUCCGCCCCGCUAGUAACGGUUAAUAACGGCUAGUAACGGUUAGUAACGGUUAAUAACGGCUAACAACGGUCACCGUUAACGCGCUUGGAUUAUAACCGCCAACUUUUCGGCAGCUUCCGGAGCUAACGGCUGUCGAAAUAUUAUCUAUGAGAGCGCUGCACCUCCCCGUUCAGCACCUCCUCCCUGCUGACCUGUACCGUGACUCCUCCUGUGGCCUGUGAUUGGUUGAUCAGUUGAUGCGUGUCCUAUCGGGUUGAUUGCCAGUAAAGCGGCUCUAUGAUGGAGGAGCUUCACGAUGUCCAGCUGACGGAGAUCAAACCACUCCUGACAGGACAGAACGGGAGAAAUCUCCAGGACUUUGACUGUCAGGAGCAUGAUGUGGAGACGGCCCACGGUGUGCUGCACGUUACCAUGAGGGGAGUUGCUAAGGGCAACCGACCCACAAUCCUCACCUACCAUGACAUCGGACUGAACCAUAAGUCUUGUUUUAACAGCCUGUUUAACUACGAGGACAUGCAGGAAGUGACGCAGCAUUUCUCAGUUCUGCAUGUUGAUGCUCCAGGACAGCAGGAGAAUGCUCCUGUAUUCCCCACUGGGUACCAGUACCCCACCAUGGAUGAGCUGGCUGAGAUGCUGCCGUCUGUCCUGACACAGCUUCAGGUGAAGAGUGUGAUUGGUAUCGGCGUUGGAGCUGGAGCCUACAUCCUCACCAAACUGGCUCUGAUUGAGCCCAGUCUGGUUGAGGGUUUAGUUCUGAUCAACAUUGACCCAUGUGCCAAGGGCUGGGUGGACUGGGCUGCCUCUAAGCUGACCGGCUGGACGAGUAACCUGGUCGACAUCAUCAUGGGACACCACUUCAGCACUGACGAGUUAACAGACAAUACGGAGAUCAUCCAGACGUACAGACUCCACAUCUCUCAGGACAUACCGCAGGAUAACUUGGCCAUGUUCUACAACAGCUACGACGGUCGUACUGAGUUGCAGAUGGAGCGGCCGGUUCCGGGUCUGAAUGAAAACACAGUCACUACACUCAGGUGUCCUGCUCUGCUGGUGGUUGGAGACACGUCGCCUGCUGUUGAUGUCGUGGUGGAGUGUAACUCCAGACUGAACCCUACCAAGACCACACUGCUCAAGAUGGCAGACUGUGGGGGGCUUCCUCAGGUGGUGCAGCCUGGAAAACUAGCAGAGGCCUUCAAGUAUUUUGUCCAGGGGAUGGGCUACAUCCCUCAUGUUGUAUUAAACCGCCUGAGCAGCCAAUCAGUGCCCACAGCCGGUAUGACCCGGCUGGUUCGCUCCAGGACUCACUCGGCCUCCAGCGUCGGCUCCACAGACGGCGUCCGGAGCCGCAGUGCCACCAACACACUGCCAGAGGGCGCCACCUCCACCAGCCCCGAACACACCGCGGCACAAACCAUCCAAAUGACUGCGUAGGACUGUUCCCGCUCUCUGCUCUCUCUCUCUUUCCUCCUCUCCUUCUGCUCCUCUCCUCCUCAGACGCUGUGUGCAUUCGGGACGCAGAUAAACAGUUCUACGUUGUCUCAUGUAACACCAUAUAAAGUAGAGUCGUCAGGAACCUUAAAUACCUUCAGAUCUUACCGCUGUCAGCGGCAGCCAUGUUGGCUCGACUGUCCUGUACUCUUUAGGAUGCAGAUGUUGGUUUGUACUUGCACUCCCUCCUCCUCCCCCCUGGAGCCACGCGGUUGCCGUGGUGACUGUAGAUGUAACUGUACAUGGAGUUCAGCUGGUUCUUUAUAUACAGACCAGGUCAUCAUUUCUCUUCCUUUAGUUUGGUCCUGAUCUCUUCUUCUUUUCAUUAUUACGCUCUUAUUAUAAUCAUUAUUCUUUUGUUCUGACUGUUGGUGACGGUGGUGGUGGUGUCGGUCGCUAUGAAGCUCGUUUCUGAAAUUAUGAACUCUUUUCCUACCCAUAAGAUUACAGUAACUUUAAGGGAAUAUUUCAGUUAAAAUGUAGGUGCACGUGGGAAACGACCCUGGAGUGCCUGACAAAAGAUCUGCUAUUUAAUAGGAGAAUUUGAAGGAAGAACUGGUUAACAACAGCAAAACAAUAUCAAAAUAUCCAUAAAACAAAUACAAAUAACAUGUAACCAAACAUCAGGGUUGUAAACUGACAGAAAGCGCUGUAGUUCGUGUAAUCUGUCCGUCUUCAGUCGCUGCUUCACUGUCAGCACUUUACACAUCAGCCUUGACGUAUGAACACUGGAGCCACAGAGAUAAGCAUGUCAGUGUGUUUAUUGUGAAAAAUAAAAACCCCAGAAGGCACUGAAUCCUGUUUGAUUACAAAAAUAUCUCAUCCGCUCAACUUCACUAUUCCAAACUAAGACAGAAGCUGGAAAUGUCAAUCUCCUUGUCAGUUUGUAGAACGUGGACCAAAGUUAAAACCGUUUUAUUACUUGUAUUUGUCUUGAUGUUACUUAAAAUUUAUAUACGAAUAAAGCUGUUUACAUUUAGUGUUACAGAAAUAGACCAAUGAGAUGUGUCAGACAGAAAGUGGCUUAAAAAAAUAUGUUUAUUGUGCAGCAGACAUCCAGACUUUAGGAGGCUUUGAGGAUUCCUGAAUACUUUAAUAGAUUAUGUUGAUAACUUUUACAUUUUUCAGAGAAAGUAAAGUUUAGUUCUGUCGUUGUCGGGAUAAUCGUGAAUAUCCUCACGAGAGAGCUUUCUAGCUCACUAAAGUACAGUCUGAUUUAUUUAAUAAGAGUCCACAUCUGUGUAAUCAUUACAUUACUCAGCCUGUCACUGUGGCUGAAGGCUCCACACAAACACUUCAACCUGAUGUGGCCACUCCACUAUGUUUUAAUGCUGUUUUAACAGUAUGAAGUACAUUUUGAUUAUUUGGGAUAAAAUAGUGAAUUUCUGUUAUUUGGCUCAGGAUAGUUGUGAGAAGAAGUCUCCGUGUUGUCCCGUGGGUAGCUCUGUAACUCGACUGUAAUGUUAAUACAUGAGGCUCGAACUGGGACUGAACAUGUUUAAGAGUUUCUUAAGAUUUGAUCUCAUUUCUUUUUGAAUAUUAGUCACAUUAUAGUGAAUAUCUGAGAGUGUGAGACUGUUCUGCUCGUGUUUAAACAGGACUGUGAGGUUGAUCCUAUGGGAGGAGUGAGCAGGUCUUUGUCGGGUAUUCCAGGCUCCGCAGGGUCGUUGAUUUAAACAAAUGAUGAUGAUUUAAGGUGAAUAUUUGCUUCCUCCUCCUUUAAAGGAGAUCCUGAAAGUGACCUUGUGCGUUUCUUUUCUCUUUCUGUACGCGGUUUAGUUUGAGUGGAGCUGUCAGCGCUCUCUGUUCCUCAGCAGCAUGCUCGUUGUGGAGUUGUGGCAUGCUACCUGUACAGUGGUUUCAGUCUCGUGAGUAACUGCUGUCGUUCAGCUGUAAA